AUGGCUGCCCGCAACUGCACCAAGGCCCUCCGCCCCCUGGCCCGCCUGGCCACCCCCGCCGUCCAGCGCCGCACCUUCGUGGCUGCUGCCAACGCUGCCCGCGCCUCCGUUGCCGUCAAGGCCGUUGCUGGCCCUGCCCGCCAGCAGGUCCGCGGUGUCAAGACCAUGGACUUCGCCGGCCACAAGGAGGACGUUUAUGAGCGCGCUGACUGGCCCGCUGAGAAGCUCCUCGACUACUUCAAGAACGAUACCCUCGCUCUCAUCGGCUACGGCUCCCAGGGUCAUGGCCAGGGCCUCAACCUCCGUGACAACGGCCUCAACGUUAUCAUUGGUGUCCGCAAGAACGGCAAGUCCUGGCAGGACGCCGUUCAGGAUGGCUGGGUUCCCGGCAAGAACCUCUUCGACGUUGACGAGGCUAUCUCCCGCGGUACCAUCAUCAUGAACCUCCUUUCCGAUGCCGCCCAGUCCGAGACCUGGCCCCACAUCAAGCCCCAGAUCACCAAGGGCAAGACCCUCUACUUCUCCCACGGUUUCUCCCCCGUCUUCAAGGAUCUCACCAAGGUCGAGGUCCCCACCGACGUUGACGUCAUCCUCGUCGCCCCCAAGGGCUCCGGCCGCACCGUCCGCUCCCUCUUCCGUGAGGGCCGUGGUAUCAACUCCUCUUUCGCCGUCUACCAGGACGUCACUGGCAAGGCCAAGGAGAAGGCCGUCGCCCUCGGUGUCGCCGUCGGCUCCGGUUACCUCUACGAGACCACCUUCGAGAAGGAGGUCUACUCUGACCUCUACGGUGAGCGCGGCUGCCUUAUGGGCGGUAUCCACGGCAUGUUCCUCGCCCAGUACGAGGUUCUCCGUGAGCGCGGCCACUCCCCCAGCGAGGCUUUCAACGAGACCGUUGAGGAGGCUACCCAGUCCCUCUAUCCCCUCAUUGGUGCCCACGGCAUGGACUGGAUGUUCGACGCCUGCUCCACCACCGCCCGCCGUGGUGCCAUCGACUGGACCCCCAAGUUCAAGGACGCCCUCAAGCCCGUCUUCAACAACCUCUACGACUCUGUCAAGGACGGCUCCGAGACCAAGCGCUCUCUCGAGUACAACUCUCAGCCUGACUACCGUGAGAAGUACGAGGCCGAGCUCGAGGAGAUCCGCAACCUCGAGAUCUGGCGCGCCGGCAAGGCCGUUCGCUCCCUCCGUCCCGAGAACCAGAAGUAA